AACACAAUUAUAGGUAGGGUACGCGUUUCAAGUCACAGGCAUUUGGUCGCGUCAUGUCAUGGAACUGCUUAAAAGGGGGUGUCUCGUUGGUAGCAGGCCCACAUCCUUGAUACUUAUCCUCGACGCAACUUCCUUAUCCACUAUACUCACCUAGCUUCAUGGAAGAUUUCAAAGCCCUCGUCAUUGGAGGUUCACGAAACAUAGGCUAUUACUCUGCUGUCCGGCUCCUUGAUCUCGGCGUUACCGUUACAUUCCUCCUGCGCUCACCACGAGUCUUCGAUCAGGAUGACGUGAUUCAAAAUUACAUCAAGCAAGGUAAAGCCCGCCUCAUCCAAGGUGAUGCUCUCGUGAAGAGCGAUGUCCGCCGGGCAUGGUCCGAGGCUCAGCAUCAGCAAGGAGACUAUACCAGACCAGUCGACUUCCUCAUUUUCACAGUCGGCGGAACACCCCAUUUCUCACUAACAAAAGGCUUCACCUUCACCCCACCAAACCUCGUUACCCAAUCCCUCCUUAACGUCCUCGAGACUCUCCCAUCUCCGCACCCAAAGAUCGUAACGAUCUCGUCUACAGGCCACACGCAAGCCUCCCACCAAUCUCUCCCUCUCCCUAUCAAACCACUCUAUAGCUACCUCCUUUCCGUACCACUCAAAGACAAACGUGGCGCGGAGGAAGCUAUAGCUCAUAGCGCAGGGUGGACUUGGGAAGCAAGGGACAGCGCGGGCGAAGAGAUUUCCGGUGCUGACUGGACGGACCGAAUCCCCAAUCCUGGGGAACUUAAGAGUGUUGUCGUUAUCCGGCCCGCGAUGCUAACUGAUGGGAAGUGUCGUGCGGACAUAAAAAGUAAAGGAAGCGAAGCAUAUCGAGUGAAAGAAGGGGAUUGGGAGUGCGGUUGGACUGUUUCGAGGAGGGAUGUCGCGCAUUUUCUCGUGGAGGGUGUGGUGAGGCAUUGGCAGGAGUGGGAGGGGAAGUGUGUGAGUGUUGCGUAUUGAUUAUGCAGCAAUAUGUUUUGGGACUGUUUUGGGACUGUUUUCGUGGAUUCUAUCGUUUCCUACGUCUUUGUGUACUAUGUGCGCAGUAGGUCCCCAUUCAUCUACGUUACAUGGAUGUAUAAUACCUAACUCCUCUGUCGAUCAAGUCUUAUCAUUCCCGAAGCCUCAUUUCAGUGCUACUUACCUUACUGCCGGUUCUGUUCUUACAUAAUCCGACGUCAU